ACUCUGCUGGCUGCCAGCACCAGCCUCCAGCUCCAGGGCUGCUCAAUCUGCUAGUGCAGAAAUCAGAGGAGGUUGGGUAUUCGCAACCCACCCGCGCCGGCCCUCGACCUGCAGCACUUCCUGCACUCGACACUGGCUCACCUCGCCGCGCAUUCUCCCUCUCCCUUUCUUCUCUCUUCCUCUGCACUCCCUAGUCUUCUGUGUCACCCUCACCCGCCUUCAGUUCACCUCUCCCGUCGUAGCGUCGUCUGGCCGUCUCUUGUCAAGCCCGGGCGUCGCAGCUUCGCACCCCAGCUACAGAAUUGUGGACAAAGGCCUCACUAACACCGCAACUCCUUCGUUGCACGGCGCCAGGCCUGCAACAUUGCAAAACACCGCAUUCCUUGGCUUUUGAGUUUGCGCUCCCAGUCUAGCCAUAUUAGCACCAGCCCGCAUUCCAGCCGUCCGUCGCCAGAAUGCGGUCCUUUGGUGGCAUUGCGCCGCUCGCCGCGCUCUUCUUGUCCCCCGUCAUCGCGCACCCAUAUCCUCGCGACAACUGGGGCGCCGUCACCACCACCUGGACGGUGACUUACACCAGCACCAUCAGCUCAUACUAUGCUCCAGCCUACACCGCUCCUGCAGGCGAGAACUGCGUCCCACCUGCCGGCUCCGGCCAGAUCGCUUGUGGGCCCAUCUGCUGCGCGACCUGGCAAUGGUGUUCGGACCCUAUCAAGGGCCAGUGUCUCGCCAAUGUCGGCCAGAACUCGUGGACAGAAGUCGUGACCACUGGUGUCAUCACCACUACCCAGUUCUCGGCACCAUACAGGCCAACGAGUGGCAGCUCCAUGCCGACGGCCAGCUUGGGUAGCGCGACAACGGUGCCAACUGACAGCCCGCAACAGACCGUCCCUGCCGAUACGUCGACCACGAGUGGCGAGCUCAGCAGUGGUGCCAUUGCUGGUAUCGUCGUCGGCACCAUCGCUGGUGUCGCCCUGCUGAUUCUGUGCUGCUUCUGCUGCAUUGUUAGGGGCCUCUGGGGCGUCGUCGCGGGUAUCCUUGGCCUCGGCAAGAAGAAGGAUAAGAAGGAAAGAGUCGAAAUCAUCGAGGAGCGCUACUCUCGGCACGGCAGUCAGCACGGUGGCCGCCCGGUGCACAAGUCCUGGUUCGGUUUCGGCGGAGGUGGUGGCCGUCCUUCGGACGUGGCCUCGAGGAAGGAGAAGAAAUCGGGCGGUGGCUUGGGAUGGCUGGCUGCCGGUGCCGGUGCUGCUGCGCUCCUCCUCGGCUUGAGGAAGCGUGACGACAAGCGCCGCGGCAGCAGUCACAAGUCCCGAAGCGACUGGAGCAGUUCGUACUACACUGACUCUUAUACGGGAACCAGCCCUAGUGAGUCUAAUUUUGCCCAGAAAUUAGAAUCCCUGGGGCACUUUUACUGACCAAUAUUCUCACUCUAGGUAGCCAGAGCUCCGACCGAAGAACGAGAAACACAAAUCGCUCGAGACGUUCAGGACACUCGAGAGCCACGAGGCA